AGAAAGGAUGCUGACGGAAGGGGGCGGUGCUGAAGAGGAGCAUGCAUGCGCAAGAUACCCCAGCAUUCAUUGAAUGACAGACGGACGUUUGACAGGAAAAACAUGGACAGCUAUGAGGAUUUCUGCGCACGCAUUUCGUCUAACCUUCAGUCAGAAAUGAUGCAUCAAAAGAGCUGCAGUCCCGUACCUGUUCAAAGGGGGGCGCAGUCGUUCAUCUGCUUUCAUGACAGGCCAGUUUUGUCUCCAUUGCUUAACGAGAAGCAAAUAAGAGAGAUGGCUGAAUACAAGAAAAGAGCUAUACAACUGGAAGCAAAGAGAGAAAUUUAUUAUAAAAAUAAUCUCCUCAAUCAGAUUCAGAACCUUCUGUGGACUAGUAAGGCACCAAAAGUAUUGGAUGUUCCAGAUACUUUAGAGCAGCAUGCGGCUCCUUCGACGAAAACAGAACAAAACAACGGUUGUACAGUGCAUGAUACUGCAAAACUAACACCAGGUGAGGGCACAGAGCCAUUUAUUUUGACCAGUAAGCCACCAGUAUCCCCAUCAGCUGAGAGCACAGAGGCCAUAAAAGCGAAGAUUGGAGAAGAAAAACAAGCACAAAACGAGGUUGAUGCUGAAGAAGUGAGUCUGCAACACUUAUUAAAAAAGUCCCGUGAAUUUAUUGAAAAAGAACAAGGUCGCCAGGGGUCAAAGUUCAUCAGCAGCAACACAGUUGAUGCAAAGGUGAUGCCAUCUGAAAGCCCGUCGGAUAAAGAAAAUGUCAGUUCUUUGGAUGUGAGCGGGUCUUGUUUAACCGGCUAUUUACCGUCCGGUUACUCACCCAGCCAAACCUCUCCCGGUCCUCUCAUAAGCCCAGAGCCCAAUGUAACUGUCAGGCCCCAUCGCGGACGCCCCCGCCCCAUCUCUGCAUACAGUAUCUUCUUCUACCCCGACAACCCAAACCAACCAAGCACCACGGCCACCGGGAGACCACAGGAUGCCCUGACCCCAAACCAAGACAGGAGGUUGCUCGGAGUGGAAUCGUUGAGUUCGAAUCGAUGUGAUGGCACCAGCUGGUUCAACCCAUUGAGUGAGACCUUGAACACGAAGGGAAGAUCAGAAACAUCUCCGGUGGACCCGGAAGUCAUAAGCCCUGUGUUCAGGAGGAGGUGUCACACGCUGGAUAGCCAUCAGAGUCCGCUUAUAGACAGGAGCCAGCAGAGAAUGCCUCGCUUUAUGGCUGGGGUCACUGCGAGAACUCCCCCUCGCGUGUCUCCUACAUCACCAAUGAGCCAAAGCUACACACGAGAGAGUCCCUUGUGUGCAUUUAUGGGGUCUGGUCUCACCCCAGGCUCUCCAUCUCACGGCCACCUAUCAUUUGAGAUAGAAGGUAACAGUGUUAUUGGUCAGGGUGGUCUGAGCCCUGUAGCGGGCGAGGACGGGUGUGAAUUGAGGGCCGUCGGUGAGCGUUACACAGUUCUCGGCCCCGUGUGCUCUUUGAGCCCUGGAGACGGAUCAUCACGGCACUCCACGUCCAGUAUUGGUUUUCCGUCUACCAGUUUGGAUAUCCCAUCGCCCUCCAUGCAGACUUCCAUUUAUAUACGAGGCCUGAGCUACAGCGGAGGGAAAACAAGAAACAGGCUGAGCCAGGUUCUAACAGCAGACCAGCAGAGGGCACUGUGUCGCCUCUGUGCUAUCGUUAAAGGAUUUCUCACCAGAAGACUGUUAAAAACUGAGAAAGUGAAACAUCUGUGUCAAACUGUGCAAGACACGCAGGAGUUUAUUCAUUCAUUUGGUAGCGGUCAGAUGUCUGAGCAGGAUUUCUCUCUGCACGAGCGAGUCAGAGCUCAGUUACGCGCAGCUUUGUUUGACAUUCAUGACAUCUUCUUCACAAUGCCACUGGAGGAGCGUCUGUUUUUGCUACAACUGGACAGAGAUCUUCGCACGGAGAGAAAGCUCAGAGAGAUGGAAAAGGCAAAAACCUCCAAAGACAAGAUGAUCCUGUCUGCUGCUACCCAGAAAUCUCUUGAUAGGAAAAAACAAAGGGUGGGUGAAUCUCCAGGUCCGACGAGGAAAGCACAGAAGACCAAGAGUCCUCCUACAAAACGGAUUCUGCAGCCCAGUCAGGGUCAGAACGCUCUGGUUUCAGGCCAGCAGCUACUGCAUCGCGGGAGUUACAAAAAGAGCCCAGAGGAGAGAGUUCAGCAUUCUGAGAGGCUUAAGAAACAGCAUUCGCUGGGUUAACCUGACAUUUACAUAAAGUCACUAACUUCACCAGUAUG